UUAUUAGAUAGAAAACAGGUCACACAACUGAACUCAGCGAUGAAGUUCACGAAGGCGCUCACGGCAGCGGACGAUUACAAGUUCCCAUUUUCGGAUGAACUUCGACGAAUAGCGGCGGAAGAGCUGAACGAAACGGACGACCGGCGAGAACAUGCUCUCAAAAUGCUACGCGAAUGGGCUGAGAAGAACCCCCGGAUCGUCAAAGUUCGAAUGGAUGCCAACUUCCUGUUGAAGUUCCUGCGGGCGAAGAAGUUCAGCAUUCCACUGGCACAGGAAAACAUCGAACGGUUUCUGCUGCUCAGAUUCGUCCGGGAUGGUAGCUUGUUCAUGAAUCUCGACUACCGUCAACCUCGGUUGACCAAGCUGCUGGACCUGGGCUACAUGUUUGCCCUGCCCAACCGGGACAAAAACAACCGUCGGGUGAUGUUCUACCGGCCGGGGGUGUUCGAUCUUAACGAGUACACCAACGAGGACAUGGUACGGGUUCAUGCCAUCUGCUACGACACGCUACUAGCGGACGAGGAGAAUCAGAUCCGGGGAAUCGUACAUGCCGGAGUUGGAACUGGCAUUGGUCUACAGUAUUUGACGCUAUUUUCAAUCAAGGAAGCGGUCAGGAUUGCGAAGAAUGGCGAACGGCUGCUGCCGAUGCGGCACCGGGAGAUGCAUGGGUGCAACAUUAAUCCGGCGCUGAAGAUUGCCGUCGAUUGGGGCCUGACGUUGAUUUCGGAAAAGCUGAGGAACCGCGUCCGACUGUACACCGAUAUCAAGGACAUCGAGAUGGAUAAGAGCCUCCUGCCGAAGGAGUACGGAGGUGUUACGCCGAUGGAGGAAAUGAUCCGGUUGUGGAAGGCCGAGGUGGAAGCGCACAGACCGGUUAUAUUGAACGAUGACAAUAUGACCGUACAUUUGGAAAUGUAUCCGGAAGCCGCCCGGGAAGGAUCGGUCAGUUCGUUGAAGCAGAAUUUGAACGGAUGUUCCGGGUUCAAGGACAACAGCACGUACGGCUUGGCGGGAAGCUUUCGAAAGCUGGAGGUGGAUUGAGUGCUGACUGCACGUGGGGGG